CUUGACUUGGUAGUAGGCUCAAGCAGCUGCGCACGAUAACGGGCCAACUUGGCUUUCAGGAGGCCCAAAUGAUACUCUGUCGCCUAGUUUCCCAGUCGGACGGUCUCUGAUCAGUCAUGUACGAAUUGUUCUUUUGCAAAGGAUACUGACUCCUCGCCAUUUCCUCUAGUGUGAAUUUAACAUAUUAGCAGACUCGAUCAAUUUCGGAAUGCCCCAGUUCACCGACCCUCGAUCUCCUUGAUCUACAUUAUUAAGGGCUAAGCAAAAAUUGUAUCCGUUCAGUAUUGCGACGAGCAUACCUUUUCGACAACACCCAUGAUUGCAACCGAUAGAAAAGCAGUUGAAUGAGGGACGGAAUUUAUGUAGAGGUUGCGGAAGAAGAGACCCGCAAGACGCUGCGAGAGCGGCACAGGGGAUACCGAAAGAGGCAAUAACAUAAUUUACGAUUACUUUGGAAGACACUCUUCCGCCGUCCCUCAUGCAGGACGCACACGUAUUAAAUUGCCCUUCUCCUCUCCGUCACGACCAUGAGGCGACACACACCAACCCUCUAUACCCACCCCGAGGACGAUGCUGACGACGAAGCCGAGGCGUCCUGGCCGGCGUCGACAUCCAGAAACUCUUUCACUCCCCCUUCCAGCAUCUCCUCCAAACAGCGAUCUCGAACACGACAAAGAUCGAUUUUCAUCUCGAAUAAUGCUUCCAGUACACAGCCGACCUCACCGACUCUGCUUCAGAGGUCUAAUUACUCUAAUAUCUACAACCAAUUCGUACGACGAUAUCGUUCUGGUCCUGGAGAAGAUGAUCCUCGGAGUGACCCUGACAGUCACUAUUACAAUCGUGGCUUAGGACAACUGGUUGACGGUGGUGAUAGUGACGACGAAGAUAUGCGGACUUUACCUCUUGGGAUGAGUGGGGAUGGUCAUGAUCGGCUCUCCACCCUUAUGCUUGAUGCUGAGCCCAUUGAGCCAGAAACUGUUGAAGACAGGGAACGCCUUGAGUGGCAAACCAUGCUUGCUUCUGUUCUUGCUGGUGACGUGCUCAAGGCUGAGAACAGCCGAAUAGCUGUUGCCCUCAGGUCCUCCAUGGAAGAGGAGAAUAAUAUUCGUGCGAAUAUCUGGCUUGGUGUCCGGGCGAAGGUUCAUGGGCGGACAGAGAGCGAGGAACGCAGGAGACUAGAUGAGCGUAGAGUGCGAGUUGUGGAUGCGACGAUCAACGAGGUGCUUCAUUUCCGUGUCCCUGAAUCACCUCCAGAUUCUUUAGAGACAUCAGCAGACCACGCACUCAAACAAGUAAACACUUUGCUUCAUCGGCUAGACAUUGUGCACUCCUUGUACCCAAGUCUUCGGUGUUUCCACCUUGAUUAUCCUGCUGCAACGGCCACCGAGUUCCAGUCUCGGGUGGAUACUCUGAACACCUGGUCAACCGUGAUAACAUCUCUUCGGCAACAGAUUUACGUCUUGCGUAAAUGGACGGGUAGCGAGACACUGGACGUAAACCAACCUACCGCAGCCUCUGCUGGUAUCGCGGGAGCUGAUCGCCCACUUGAUGGUUCCGGCACUACCUUUGUCGAUAGGUUGCUGAAGGAGGAAUCUAUCCAACGACAAUUCGAGAAAGGUGCCAUGACCACGAUUCAUGCCCUUGUAGGGACAACUCGUGAUGCACACGUGAAUUUGGCACCCAUGUUCCAAGCGAUGAAUUUGCCUACAUUUGAGCAAGAAUUGGUGCCGCUCGUCUCUUUCCUCACGAAUUUGGCACAGGCUGUGCUUCGCGUCCGUUUGGACUAUGCUCAGAAGCUCAAGAAUCCCGAUAUUCUCAUCCUUGACCAGCUCACCGAGGAUCUGAAGGUCAAGAUUGGCUUUGCGUGCACGUUAAAGAGGCAAUAUGAAGCCUUUCUUAUACCCGAUCCUAAUGGCAAUUGGAGGCUGCCUCCAUGUAUCAGUGAAGAUUACGACACCGUAAUUCUUGAGGCGUUGACUUUCUUCUUCAAAUUGAUUCAUUGGAAGCUCAAGAGUGGGGCGAAAGGGAUACAUUUCAAGGAGACCGACGUUAUUGAGGCUCAGUGGGCUACCUUUAGCGAUGUCAGCCUAACUAUUCCAGGAGGCGCUACGCUUGUCGCUGAACAGUUAUGUGCGUUGACGAAUAAGCUAAUGAUCCGAGUUACGAACUACUUCGAUACUCAAAUACGUCUUCCUAUUGUUGAUGACGAAGUUAACAAGCGUACCGGACUCAGCCCUAACCUUAAUGGUACUCGAUCUGCAUUCCAGGCGCAUCUGACAUCGAGCUCCGUUUCCAGCAAGCCUAUGAGUAAUGAACAGGUCAUCAGUUGGUAUGGCAAAAUCCUGGAGGGUGUCAAACAGAGGUACAGGAAGUUGCAGCGCCUCACACGUGUACUUGCUCGCAGAUUCUGCAACUCUGCGGAGUACGACCUGGAUGACGUUCCUAUGGAUCUCUUCAUCGCAGCUCUGGUGGAGACAGAUCAUUGUCUUAUCUAUACCCAGACAUUCGAGGAAGAUGGCAUCUACAUCAUUGCACCUCCCGGGCUACGCGAGCAGCCCGAUGAGAUUCGCCGUAUCCUGAUGGAAGCUUUUCAUACGAGCGAGGCAGACGAAGGAGUCUGGUUUAUGGAAAGCGGGGAUCCUAAUCAAGACGAAGAAGAUGAGGCCAAUUAUCUCCUCAUUCUAUCCCCUGUCACGCGUUUCCUGUGGAAUGGUCUUGUUCUCAUGAUGCCACUUCCAAAGUUCGACCUCAGGCUUGCUGAGAACAGAGUACGUCUUGUCGCGGAUGGCCCACAACACAGACUUGCGCUGGCGAAGAGGCAAUUUGCUGAGUUGUUCUUGUUGUACGACGAGAACGAUGAGCCAGUGGAAUCACCGCUAACGCCUCUUAUGUGUAUUGUCGAACAGCAGGCGCAUCUCCCUUCAGUGAACCACGAAUUACGCAAAAUCAGCCGUGCCACCAACCGACUUGCAGAAUCCAUUGUCGACUCUGUGCACUAUGUGCGGACGGCUCUUCGCGAAGCUGAUGGUUAUCAGGAGCUGCUCGAGAACUGGUAUAGCUUCGCUUCUGAACACGGACAACAUGUUCAGAAAUAUAUGGACCGCACUACCCUUCUCAAGUUCAACCGACUUCUCAUCAAACUGGCCAUAUCCUGGGUAGCCUUCAUCUGCGACGAUUGCGAUCCAAAUGAUCGUAAGACGUUCAGAUGGGCAGUCAUGGCCCUUGAGUUUACACUUCAUCGCACUCGUCGCAACAAUAUUUUACAUCUUCCUGACAACGAAUUCGAGCUGCUGCGUCAGAAGGUGGCCAGUUGCAUGACUCUGCUCAUCAGCCAUUUUGAUAUCCUUGGUGCACGCUCAACACUCGAAGCCAAAAAGGAAAAGGAAAGGCAAGAGGAGUUGGUGAGGCAGAAUGCUACCGAGCACAUGUCUCCUGAAGACGAGAGUCCUCCAUGCAACCUGGAUGACCAAGCAGGGCCUCUGGCUUACACAGACCCUGCUAUGCGUAUGUUUUGGGACAGAGUAUCCAAUGCGGUUCGAGAACUCGAGAACCAACGUGCUCAUAUCAGCUGCGAACAGCGUACGAUGGGUCGUGUGCUGGACGAAGAGAAGCUGGUAGACCGAUCGCUGGUCUUCCUUGCUGGUUCCAGAUCGAACGUAUCCAUUCGAUGGCAACAGGGCCGAUUUAUCGGUGCAGGCUCUUUUGGAUCCGUGUAUCUAGCCGUGAACCUGGACUCUGGUUCGUUGAUGGCAGUCAAGGAGAUCAAGUUCCAGGAGGUUGCUCCACUUUCGAAUCUUUACAGCCAGAUCAAGGACGAGCUAAGCGUCAUGGAGAUGCUCCAUCACCCAAACGUGGUUGAGUAUUAUGGUAUUGAAGUGCAUAGGGAUAAAGUCUAUAUUUUCGAGGAGUACUGCCAGGGUGGCAGUCUAGCUGUUUUGCUCGAGCAUGGUCGUAUCGAAGAUGAGGGUAUUAUCCAAGUCUACACCAUGCAGUUGCUGGAAGGACUAGCAUAUCUGCACUCCAAAGGUGUUGUACACCGUGAUAUCAAACCUGACAAUAUUUUACUUGAUCAUAUGGGUGUCAUUAAGUAUGUUGACUUUGGAGCAGCAAAGAUACUUGCCAAGAACCAGCGCACCCUAGUACGCUCUCGUCGUGCGCCCCCCGAAACAGCGCCUGGACUCCCAGUGGGCUCCGCGAACAACAGCUUGACAGGAACGCCUAUGUAUAUGUCACCUGAAGUAAUCAGAAACAACAAGCGGGGUCGCUAUGGUGCUAUGGAUAUCUGGUCAUUGGGUUGCGUUGUUUUGGAAUGUGCGACUGGCCGGAAGCCUUGGAGCAAUCUCGACAAUGAAUGGGCCAUCAUGUUCCACAUAGGUGUUGCAACGCAACAUCCACCUUUGCCUGACCCGGGUCAACUGAGCGAGAUGGGCAUUGACUUCAUCAGGCAGUGCCUCACUAUUGAUCCUAUGCAGCGACCGAGUGCCACGGAACUCAUGGAACACCCUUGGAUGCUAGACUUUUCUGAGGCACUCCGAAGCUACGAAGAGGCAGAACUCUCCAUGAGUCCACCAGCGGAGAUGCCUUCUGAAUCUACGUACCACGCCGCCACGGUGGCUCGUCAAGCUGCUAUCAUCCAGGAGAAGGAGGUGGAAGCCAUUCAGUCCGCCACACCCACCACGUCACCUCUCGAAACACCGUCCAGCUCUGAUCCAAUUUCUGAUCCAAUCUCUGACAUGGAACAGUUACCCGUCGUAGCAGAUCCUCUGCUUCUACCUGUACUUGACGACGCACCGCCAGACUUGGUGGGCAUUGUCUCACCUGGCUGGGAAGAUAUACCAUCCGAACUGACAGAUGGUGUAAACCAUGGUCGUGAAGAACAUUCAACAGAAACGCCUACGUAGUCACAUUUUGCUUCCUGCUUUCCAUUGCUAUCUCUAAUUAGAUUGUAGCAUAUCACCAUUGUUUGUAUGUAUCGCUCGAUUUAUUUCAUAGUCGCACUCAUGGCUAAUCCAUUCACGUAUUGACAUCUAUUGACUAUAUCACCAUAGCUACUAUGCACGACUUUCUGAGGUCUUUCUAGUCUCAACUGCUCUACUAGCACCCGCUAGCAAAGCUGAAAUUAGGAUGACCGGAUUGGGAGAGAAGGCAACGGCCCGUGUAUGAGCCGCUGCCGAGACCCUUCUUGAUCCAUCUUGGGUCUACCGCGUCUCCUCUCAAGGGCUUAAUAUAACCUUAAGCCGU